UAAUUAAUUUCUCCAUUUCCCCUGACUCAUAACCAGGCAAAAGCUUACUCGGUAAUACAAUCCUUUACACCUUUUUCAUCUUUGUUCAAUACACAUCUACAUCUACAACUCAGUUUCUUUCAACUAAAUGACACGGGAAUCAAGGACUGACUUGCAUAAGUGAUAAACAUUAAUAAGCAUUCCCCAACAGAAAAACAACUUGGCCAAGAGAACUACGAUAACCAAUCAAAUUUCAAUCACCCCCACCAAUUAAUCAUCGCCUCUCCCUCCCCCGCACACAGCCAUUUCCAAUUCCAUCAUCCCGACCACCGGCAUUUGGAAAAUCACGGACAAAACUAGUCCGACUCCGCAGUUCAUACUAUACUGUACUAUUUACUCCCGUACUAUUUUCAAAACGCGGGCGCAAGCUUUCGCAAAUGCCCACCAUCAAAUUCAAAAUGCCUCACCACAUGGUGUCAAGUUCAAAUUCCUCUUCUCCUGCAGCACCCAGUCCUCCAAAUAAUAACUCUACUCCGACUCAGAGAUCUUCACCUCCUUCUCAUACACCAAGGUCUCCAAUUUCUAGAUCUGCAAGUCCGGUUCCCCCGCCUGUUUCUCCUAUCACUCCUACAUUAUCGGCCGCAAGGUUGGCCUCGAAUUCAAAUGCGAAUGCGAAUCUGAGUUUGGGACCCAGCGCACAAAAUGGAGCGAUACGGCCGGAAUCGCAAAGAUCAGGGCAGCCACAUCGAAAUCAUACAGGGGGAAAGAAUAUCGCCAUGUUGAAUAAUAGUCGCACAGCUGAGAAUACCCUUUCUCAACAAAUUCAAAGCCAUCCAGCCGCGCAAGCACAAGCUCAUUCGUCCAGAGAAACAUACACGCAUACACAACAAGCGCCACAAGUAUCAAUGCCGCAACCGAAACCACAAACCAUUGACCUGGAUCAGAACCCAGAUGUCUUGGCGAUGAGAAGUACAAUUUCAAUAUUACAGUUGCAGGCGAGGAAUGCGCAGAGGGAUAUGAUUACAUUGCAAAGGAUUAAGGAGAGGGCGAUGGAAGAUCCAGAGGGAUUUGCGGGGAGUUUAAGGGAGGGAGAGAGGGAGGAGAGGGAGGAGAAUGCUAGGAAGAGUGGAGCAGUGGCCGCGGAUGAAGAGAGUAGUAGUGAUGAGGAUGAUGACAAGGAUGAGGAGUCUAGGAUGGAUGGUCAACAAAUCAAUGGAGUUUCAGCUAAAGAUGCGAAAUGGGAGAAACUGCCAAUGCCGCAGAAUAUUGUGCGGUGUCCACCGGUUAACUGGGCGAAAUAUGGAGUUAUGGGAGAGAGUUUGGAUCGGUUGCAUGAAGAUCAAAUCAGGAGACCGAGUCAAGGAAUACCCGCUACUAUUAAUGCGGAUGGAAGUACGACACAUAAAUAUGGAGAUGGGCCGAAGAGAGAAUACGUUAUGCAGAAACCUCUAGGAUUAGGCGAGGUGGUUUCGAAACCAAAGAAAAAGAGAUCACCUUCUAGUAAAUAGGAAAGGAGCAGGACACGAGUGGCAAAGAAGACAGACAUUUGGGAAGGAGUUUUUGCACUUUAUACUUUUCGGUAUGCAUAGGAUAGGACAGGAUUUAGAGUUUAUGAACGAAAGCAUGAAUACGAGGUUAUGAAUGAAUUCUGGAUGGGAGGUGGUAUAGCAUGGCGUUUCGGAAGGCAGUUUAGGAUGCAAGCAUUGCAGCUUUAGGUUUCCUUCUCUGUAUAUGACUUGGGUUUGGAUUACCCUGCUAAUUCCAUAGAAUUAGUUAGGGAUAUACAGUAUGUAAUUCUUUAAAUUGAUAUAAGAUAAUAA